AAAGAAAUUUAUUUCGUCAUGGUGGGCAUAUCUAGAAAAAAAUUAUUUUUUAUUACAAUAUUUUUUAUUUUACCCAACAUAAUUGAUUGCCUUUUAUGGCCGAGACACUCAGUAUUGCAGGUAACAGCAGCUGGUUCAAUACCAUUAGUAUUAACACAUAAAAGAAAAUCAUUUUUUGAUUAUGGUGUUCAAAUGAAUUACAAUAUGCCAUAUAGUUUAAAAGAAUUCUAUAAUGUACCAAUAUGGCCAAGAGUACGACGUAAAAGGAGAACAAUUUUAUAUAAUGAUAAUAUUAAGAAUAAUUCUAUUUUACUUAAUAAUGGCUAUGAAUAUAAUGAUAAUAAUAAUAAUCAUUUAAAUUUUAAUAAUAUUAAAUUAUUUGAAACAUUAUCUGAUUUUACAGCUGGUGAAUUUUAUGGUAUUAUAGAAGAAUAUUUAAAAGAUUUUGGUUUCGAUGAAACAUGUUUAUUAAAAACAAUUUGUGAACAUUCUAAACAUCCAUUUAAAAAUAAUAUUAAUAAUAAUGAUAUUGAAAAUGAAAAUAUUAUUGAAGAAAUUAUAAGUUUAAUAUUAAGUCCUUCAGUUCAUAAUGGUUUUGCGGAAGAUGAAAGCGAUUAUAAAUAUAUUUAUGAGGAAGCUGAAAAAAAUGGUCUGAACGGAAAUAAUUGUGAUAAAUUAUAUCCGGAUUGUGAAAAAACUAUUUUAGAUUUAAUAUCAACGGUUAAAUUUAUGGAAUAA